AAUAAAUUAUUUGUCUUAAUUCUCGUCCCAUUUCAUGCAAACACCUAUUAAAGAGAGACCUUAGAAAAGAAGUUACACAGCUUCUAUAUCUCAUCUACUGUCACGGUUGUCCUAAAGUAGAACGGGGCAAUGGCUGCGAAUAAACCCCCGUUUACGGCAGAGACGGCGCGGCAGAAAGUCAAAGCCGCGCAGGACUUGUGGAAUACGCAAGACCCCGCGCGGAUCGCGCUGGCAUACACGCCCGACAGCGUCUGGCGCAACCGGUCGACCUUCCUGCGCGGGCAGGACGCCAUCAAGACGUUCCUGAGCGCCAAAUGGGCGAAAGAGCAAGACUAUGUUCUGCGCAAGGAGCUGUUUGCUUUCACGGACAAUCGCAUCGCCGUGCAGUUUUGGUACGAGUAUCGCGACGCCCAUGAUGUCUUGACGCGGGAGGACAUUAUUGAGGCGGCCAAGGCGGCUGUCGGGGCUGGCUUUGCGACGUCAGGAGCAGGGACUUUGCCGACGGUUUCGGGCACAGGAGGACCAGAAUCCAGCGAAUCCCGCGAAUCACGAGAAAUCGACCUCGCCGCCGCGCUGGACAGCUUCAUCACGCUGCACCUCCCGCAGAUCGGCCAGGGCAAAUGGAAACGGUGCUACGGGCUCGAGGACUGGACGUUUGCGCCGGACGGGCGGAUGCGGAAGCGGCAAAUGAGCGGCAACGACGUGCUGUUGGGGAUGGGACUCGGCGGGGACGAGCGGUGGUUUGGAGCGGGAGUCAAGGGGGUCGAGGACGUGGUUAUUGGGGAGGAGCAUUGGUGAUUUCCCGCUGGGUUUCGCCCUCUGUCAUUCCACUUCAGUUACUUUACACUCAGGUCCAACCAAUUCCACUUCUAGUCGAACCUUAUAAGAGAAAGAAGAUAAAAGUCGACGUUUUAG